GCCCGCUCCGCCGCCAUGGCCGCCGCGCACCCGGGCCCCGCCGCGCCCGCCGCCCCCGCCCCGCCGCCUCCCGCCGCUCCGGGCAUCCUCAUCGGCGACCGGCUCUACUCCGAGGUGUCGCUGACCAUCGACCACUCGCUGAUCCCUGAGGAGCGGCUCUCGCCCACCCCCUCCAUGCAGGACGGGCUGGACCUGCAGUGCGAGACCGACCUGCGCAUCCUGGGCUGCGAGCUCAUCCAGGCGGCCGGCAUCCUGCUGCGGCUGCCGCAGGUGGCCAUGGCGACGGGGCAGGUGCUGUUCCAUCGGUUCUUCUACUCCAAGUCCUUCGUCAAGCACAGCUUCGAGAUUGUUGCUAUGGCCUGCAUCAAUCUCGCGUCCAAAAUCGAAGAGGCGCCUCGUCGGAUAAGGGACGUGAUCAACGUGUUCCAUCACUUGCGGCAGUUAAGAGCAAAAAGGACUCCAAGCCCCCUGAUACUUGAUCAGAACUACAUAAACACCAAAAAUCAAGUAAUCAAAGCAGAAAGGAGGGUACUGAAGGAGUUGGGAUUUUGUGUUCAUGUCAAGCAUCCUCAUAAGAUCAUUGUUAUGUAUUUACAAGUCCUUGAAUGUGAACGUAAUCAAACCCUGGUACAGACAGCCUGGAACUACAUGAACGACAGCCUCCGGACGAACGUGUUUGUCCGCUUCCAGCCGGAGACCAUCGCGUGCGCGUGCAUUUACCUCGCCGCCAGAGCCCUGCAGAUCCCCCUGCCUACCCGUCCCCACUGGUUCCUGCUCUUUGGCACCACGGAAGAGGAGAUUCAGGAGAUCUGCUUAACAACUCUGAAGCUUUAUACCAGGAAGAAGCCCAAUUACGAAUUUCUGGAUAAAGAAGUAGAAAAGAGGAAAAUGGCACUACAGGAGGCAAAACUGAAAGCAAAAGGUUUAAAUCCAGAUGGAACUCCAGCACUAUCAACACUGGGUGGCUUUUCUCCUGCAUCCAAACCAUCUUCCCCAAGAGAAGUAAAAGCUGAGGAGAAAUCUCCAGUGUCUGUGAACACCAAAACCAUUAAAAAAGAGCCAGAAGAGAGGCAGCAAACCUCCAAGAGCCCUUACAACGGGCUGAGGAAGGAGAGCAAGAGGAGCCGCAGCAGCCGAAGCGCCAGCCGGUCCCGCUCCCGGACAAAGUCCCGCUCCCGCUCCCACAGCCCCCGCAGGCACUACAACAACCGGCGGAGCCUGUCGGGCACCUACAGCUCCCGCUCGCGCAGCCGCUCGCGCAGCCACAGCGGCAGCCCCCGGCGGCACCACAACCACGGCUCUCCCCACGCCAAGGCCAAGCACGGCCGCGAGGAGCUCAAGGGCGCCGGCAGACACGGCCACAAGCGGAAAAAGUCUCGCUCCCGCUCGCAGAGCAAAUCCCGGGAGCACUCGGAGGCGGCCAAGAAGCACCGGCACGAGCGCGGCCACCACCGGGAGCGGCGCGAGCGCUCGCGCUCCUUCGAGCGCUCCCACAAGGGCGGCAAACACCACGGCAGCGGCCGCUCGGGGCACGGUCGGCACCGCCGCUGAGCCUGAGCCUCGGGCUGUGCCCGGCCCUGGGACCGAGCCUCGGGCUGUGCCCGGCCCUGGGACCGAGCCUCGGGCUGUGCCCGGCCCCGGGAUCCAGCGUCGGACUGUGUCCAGCCUCGGACUGUGCCCAGCCCUUGGGAUCCAGCCCCGGGAUCCAGCCUCGGAUUGUGCCCAGCCCCAGGAUCCCAUCCUGGAACCCAGCCCUGGACUGCGCCCAGCACCCAGCCCUCGGACUGCAGGGCUUGCUGCAGCUUCAACCCCCGUCUCCUUUUCUAAAAGGUGUAGAAGACUUUUUUUUUGGGUUGGUUUUUUGUUUUUGUUUUUCUUUUGGGAAAGAAACUGUUACCAACUUUUGCACAUAAUACCUUAGCAGUAUCCCAGAGGUGGCAAAUCGAUCAGGUUCACUGUAUGUAUUAGAGUUGUGUAUUGUUUAUUGAGCUGAGAACUGGAGAAAGGAUUUCUGUAAAAAGGCAAAACGUACCUUAUUUUUAUACCAGUCAAUUGCAGACGCUUAUAUUUAAGUAUAGUUAUUUGUUUAAACAUGGUGGAGACUUUCUUACACUGGUUUUAGUCUGCAUGUGUUCAAAAGAUUUUUACAAGAAAUAAAAUAUGA